AUGACUGCGGACCCAGAGGUGUCAACACAGAGCGGGGGCUAUGAUGUGGAGCUGUUUGUGGACACUCCAGACUACGAUCUGAUCUGCACCAUAUGCCAGGGGGUCCUCAGGUGUCCAGUCAGAGCUGCAUGCCACCACAUCUUCUGCAAGAAAUGCAUCUUACAGUGGCUGAAGAGACAGGAGACCUGUCCUUGCUGCAGGAAGCCGGUUAACCCAAGCUUGAUCUUUGUCAUGUUCAAGCUGAGCAAAUCUAUUGGACGCAUGAAGAUCAAGUGUAAGAAUGAGAUCCGUGGUUGUGCAGAGACCUUCUCCCUCUCAGAGCAGUACUGCCACAGCAUGAGCUGUCUGUACGAGCUCAUCCCCUGUCCGUACCAGGGCUGCCGGGCGCAGCUCCUCCGCAGGGACCUGGAAACCCAUGCACGCCACUGCGAACACUGGCGCCAACCCUGCCACAUGGGCUGCGGGACGAUCCUCUCCCACCGUACCCAGGCUCAACACAACUGCUACAAGCAACUGAGGCAGGAAUAUGAAGUCAGACAGAGGAACCACAGGGCCAUCGCCACCGCUCUGCAGAGGAAGAUGAGGAGGAUGCAGAGCACCAUGGCCCACAUGAAAAGGCAGAUAGGGCUGAUCUGCGAGAGCCUGGAGGUGAUGGACGAUCUGCACGAGGUGGAGGAGGAGGACAUUGGAGAGAGCAGCGGCAGCUCCGCUGGGACUCCAAGUAGCAACAACAGCAACUGCUGA